AUGAGAACACAAAAGAUAGUAACAGUACUUUGUUUGCUACUAAAUACUGUGCUUGGAGCUCUGUUGGGCAUCGAUUAUGGUCAAGAGUUUACUAAGGCUGUCCUAGUGGCUCCUGGUGUCCCUUUUGAAGUUAUCUUGACUCCAGACUCCAAACGUAAAGAUAAUUCAAUGAUGGCCAUCAAGGAAAAUUCCAAAGGUGAAAUUGAGAGAUAUUAUGGAUCCUCAGCUAGUUCUGUUUGUAUCAGAAACCCUGAAACUUGCUUGAAUCAUCUGAAGUCAUUGAUAGGUGUUUCAAUUGAUGACGUUUCAACUAUAGAUUACAAGAAGUACCAUUCAGGUGCUGAGAUGGUUCCAUCCAAAAAUAACAGGAACACGGUUGCCUUUAAGUUGGGCUCUUCUGUAUAUCCUGUAGAAGAGAUACUUGCUAUGAGUUUAGAUGACAUUAAAUCUAGAGCUGAAGAUCAUUUAAAACACGCGGUGCCAGGUUCCUAUUCAGUUAUCAGUGAUGCUGUCAUCACAGUACCCACUUUUUUUACCCAAUCGCAAAGACUGGCCUUGAAAGAUGCUGCCGAAAUUAGUGGCUUAAAAGUCGUUGGCUUGGUUGAUGACGGUAUAUCUGUGGCCGUUAACUAUGCCUCUUCAAGGCAGUUCAAUGGAGACAAACAAUAUCAUAUGAUCUAUGACAUGGGGGCUGGUUCUUUACAGGCGACUUUGGUUUCUAUAUCUUCCAGUGAUGAUGGUGGAAUUGUUAUUGAUGUAGAGGCUAUUGCCUAUGACAAGUCGCUGGGAGGCCAGUUGUUCACACAAUCUGUUUAUGACAUCCUUUUGCAGAAGUUCUUGUCUGAGCAUCCUUCCUUUAGCGAGUCCGACUUCAACAAGAAUAGUAAAUCUAUGUCAAAACUUUGGCAAGCGGCUGAAAAGGCAAAGACAAUUUUGAGUGCAAACACUGACACAAGAGUUUCCGUUGAAUCCUUAUACAAUGACAUUGACUUUAGAGCCACAAUAGCAAGAGACGAAUUCGAAGAUUACAAUGCAGAGCAUGUUCAUAGGAUCACUGCUCCUAUCAUCGAGGCCUUAAGUCAUCCAUUGAAUGGGAAUCUGACGUCACCUUUUCCACUGACCAGUUUAAGUUCAGUAAUUCUCACAGGCGGGUCAACAAGAGUGCCGAUGGUGAAAAAGCACCUAGAAUCUUUGCUAGGAUCUGAAUUGAUUGCAAAGAAUGUUAACGCUGAUGAGUCAGCCGUUUUUGGUUCUACUCUCCGUGGUGUAACUUUAUCGCAAAUGUUCAAAGCGAAACAGAUGACCGUAAAUGAAAGAAGUGUAUAUGACUAUUGCCUAAAAGUUGGUUCUUCAGAGAUAAACGUGUUCCCAGUUGGCACCCCUCUUGCUACUAAGAAAGUGGUCGAGCUGGAAAAUGUAGACAGUGAGAACCAGCUCACGAUUGGGCUCUACGAGAACGGACAAUUGUUUGCCAGUCAUGAGGUUACAGACCUCAAGAAGAGUAUCAAAUCUCUAACUCAAGAAGGUAAAGAGUGUUCUAAUAUUAAUUACGAGGCUACAGUCGAGUUAUCUGAGAGCAGAUUGCUUUCUUUAACUCGUCUGCAGGCCAAAUGUGCUGACGAGGCUGAAUAUUUACCUCCUGUGGACACAGAGUCUGAAGACACUAAAUCUGAAAACUCAACUACUAGUGAGACUAUUGAAAAACCAAACAAGAAGCUAUUCUAUCCUGUGACUAUACCUACUCAACUGAAAUCCGUUCACGUGAAACCAAUGGGGUCCUCUACCAAGGUAUCUUCAUCUUUGAAAAUCAAGGAGUUGAACAAGAAGGAUGCUGUAAAGAGAUCGAUCGAAGAAUUGAAGAAUCAGCUGGAAUCGAAAUUAUACCGCGUGCGCUCGUAUUUAGAGGAUGAGGAAGUGGUUGAAAAAGGGCCAGCAUCACAAGUUGAGGCUUUGUCAACACUGGUUGCUGAGAAUCUUGAGUGGUUGGACUAUGAUAGCGACGAUGCAUCAGCAAAAGAUAUCAGGGAAAAACUAAAUUCUGUGUCAGAUAGUGUUGCCUUCAUCAAGAGCUACAUUGAUCUGAACGAUGUCACUUUUGAUAAUAAUCUUUUCACUACGAUUUACAACACUACUUUAAACUCCAUGCAAAAUGUUCAAGAACUAAUGUUAAACAUGAGUGAGGAUGCUCUGAGUUUAAUGCAGCAGUAUGAGAAGGAAGGUUUAGACUUCGCCAAAGAAAGUCAAAAGAUCAAAAUAAAAUCUCCUCCUUUAUCAGACAAAGAGCUUGAUAAUCUCUUUAACACUGUUACCGAAAAGUUAGAGCAUGUCAGAAUGUUGACUGAAAAGGACACUAUAAGUGAUUUGCCUAGAGAGGAGCUUUUUAAGCUGUAUCAAGAAUUGCAGAACUACUCUUCCCGAUUUGAAGCAAUCAUGGCCAGUUUGGAAGAUGUACACUCUCAAAGAAUCAACCGUUUGACAGACAAGUUACGCAAACAUAUUGAAAGGGUGAGCAAUGAAGCAUUGAAGGCAGCUCUCAAGGAAGCUAAACGUCAACAAGAGGAGGAAAAAAGCCACGAGCAGAAUGAGGGAGAAGAGCAAAGUUCUGCUUCCACUUCUCACACUAAUGAAGAUAUAGAGGAACCAUCAGAAUCGCCUAAGGUUCAAACAUCCCAUGAUGAGUUGUAG